UGUUCCACAAUUCAGUUUCAGCCGGCGUGGGUUUCGGUGGAGGUUGUUGCUUCCUUGCAGUGACAUCUGCCUUGUACUCGGCAUUAUUCUGUUCGCGACCCAGGACCCUAUUUCUGUGUUUACUUAGUGAUAAAGUAUAUACUGGACGCACCUGGCAUCGGAAACACUGACUUACUGAGCUGUUGUGAAGACAAAAUCGUCCGAUUAUGCACCCGACCACAGCCGAACAGUUCCCACUGACUGGCUCAGACUCUAAUCAGGUGACAAUGGUGGAACACCUGCAGCAGAACGAGCAGGCCCAGGUGGCAAGUGUUGGUGGCCUGGUGUUUGAAGAUGAGCAGCACAAUACUCAUACACUGCAGGCCCUCAACAUGAUGCGCAAGAACAGACACUUCUGUGAUGUGAUUCUGCAUGUUGGCAACAUGGAGUUCCAUGCUCAUCGUGCAGUGUUAGCAUGUGCCAGUCCACACUUAUUUGAGCUCUUCACGGCUGAUGAUGAAAAUAAGGGCAGCCAACGUGAAAAUGUCAUCACUUACAAGCUGAAUGGAGGAUAUGACCGGACUGCAUUAGAGAAGCUCAUCCACUAUGCCUACACUGCAAGGCUGGAAGUGAGUAACUCGCAGGUGAAGGCUGUUUAUCUGGCAGCCUGCCACCUGAAGAUGGAUCGUGUGGUGAAAGAAUGUACGAGACACUUCAUCAAGAACCUCAGUGUUGAGAACUGCAUUGAGACGCGCUCCCUCCCCGGGAUUGCAAGAAACAAGGUGUUUGUUGAUCAGGUGGACGCCUUCAUUGCCAAGGAGUUUGAAAAUGUAUCCAAGUCAAAGAUUCUUCUUUCUCUGCCUUGUGUGCGCAUUGAAGUGUUGAACCAGACUCGCCAAGAGAUGUCACUGGUGAUAGGGGAAUCAGUUUGUCAGCUUGUUCUUGAAUGGAUCAAGCGACAAUGUGAUGAUGACGCUAUUAACAUGAACCAGCUAACAGAAAAGACUCAUCUCUUGUACCUGGCCAUGGACAACUCGUUGCAGGACUGCACGGAGCUUCCGACUGGUGAUGUGAGUGACACAGAAAUUGUCCAAGAUUACAAGAAACUGUCUAAACGGAAUCAAGCAAACCCUAAGGGUAGACGCAAGGGUCAGCUGCAGCCAGCUAAACCCCGGGUGCUUAUUUACUCCCGAGAUAUCAUUGAGCGAACCGAACAGGAGAAGGAGACAGACUGGAAGCUCAUUGCAGCAGCAAAAGUUGGAGAACACGCAUUCAUGGCUCUUGCAACGAUCGAUGGACGGCUGGCUACCAUGUCUGUGAUGCUUCGUCUGAACCAGCCGUCAAGCCCGUCUCCUGUUUUGACGCCAGUUGCCAGUCGCCCAGCCAGUGAAGAGAAGCCAGAUCUCUACUGUGUGAUGGCAAACAUGAACUCUGUUAAAUGUGCAGCCGGAUGCGCAAAUCUGAAUGACUCACUUCUUGUUUGUGGUGGUUAUGACCGGGCCGAGUGUCUCAAGUGUGUCGAGUUGUAUGACCCAGACACUAAUCUGUGGGGCACACUGUCCUCCAUGAAGGAAGCUCGUGGCCGUUUUGACAUUGCUGUAGUUAAGGGGAAAGUGUAUGCCAUUGGGGGAAGCAAUGGGACAACUGAGCUUGCCACUGUUGAGAAGUAUGACCCGCAAGAGAAGAAGUGGACUCAGAUCACCCCCUUGCCUCUCGCAAGAUGUAACAUAGGAGUGUGCGAUCUCAGUGACCUGAUCUACUGUAUUGGGGGCUGGAACGGUCAAGCAGGCAUCAAGCAGUGUGAUGUUCUGGACCCUGCCACAGGACAGUGGAGCUCCAUUGCUUCGCUGCAGACAGGCCGCUAUCAAGCAGGUGUGUGCUCCAUGGAUGGUCUGGUGUUUGCGGUGGGUGGAUGUGAUGCCUGGAACUGUCUCAGCUCUGUCGAAGUGUAUGAUCCGCAGACAGAUGUGUGGACAUAUGCCAAGGGAAUGAUCACUGCAAGAAGAGGAUGUGGUGUUGCGGUUUUCAAAGGACGACUUUAUGCUGUUGGUGGGUCGGAUGGGUCACACUCCCUGUGUUCCACAGAGAUUUACGAUCCACAAGAGAAAACCUGGACUCCAGGCCCUAACAUGACUACAGCACGUGCCAACGUUGGCGUUGCUGUUAUAGGCAGUCGGCUGUAUGCAGUUGGAGGGUUUUCAGGCAAGACUUUCCUAAACAGCAUCGAGUACCUCGAUGAGAAGACCAAUGAGUGGACCACUUUUGUUCCCAAGGUAGAGAUGCAGGACAUCGCUGAGGCAUUCCGUCCAGAUAUUGUUCUGGGUCCCUUGCAUUCACAGCCUGAACACGUGAAUGGCUCUGCUGAUGUGCAUCAGGACAGCAGCGACUCUGACAAGAACACAAACAUAGUUGAAGAGCCUGUUCCUCGACGCAGAAAAAGAAGUCAGAGACAGUAGAGAUGCUUUGUGUAAUUGUGAAAGUUGGAGGCAAUGAGGGCCUUAGGAGGUUAUGGCCCCCCAGUGGGACAUUGAGGCACCAGUAUUCUUAAGAAGUAAUCCCUGGGUGUUUUUUUUUUUUUCUUUUUUCAUGAGGGGGGUCCCUUCCCAGAAUGUUUCCUCCCCCCCAUCUCGAGCUUCUGUGUAGUUAGUGAAAUAUGAAGCUCAAGAUCUGUCCAGUAUCUUUCAUUGUGAGUGUUUCACUGAUGUGCAGUUGUGUUGUGAUAUGCCUCAUUGAAAGCACUUUGCACUGUAGCAUCAAACUGAAACAUUUUAUGUCCUAACCCUUUUGGGAAGGAACCUAAUUCUGUAAAACAUGAUAUUAGGCACUAUAUCUACCUUACUUAACGUCGUCUGAAUGUUGCCUCCCAUGUGUUAGCCUAUAGCAUGAGAGAACAGUGAUGUGCAGAAUAUCUGAUUGAUGCUGUUUUUUAUAUUACAUUUGAGCCAGAUUUUCCUCAAGGAAGAACAUAGAUCUUUUGUUGCCUUCUCAAGGACCAACUCUCAAUUUGGUGUGGAUGAAUUCAAAAGUUUGUAUGCGGAUGAUUUAAUGCAAUGUCUUGAAUUUCAAAUGAAAUAAAAUAAAAUACCUUGGUCUCAUUUGGCCCUGGUGUUUGAAUUCUCUCAGGUCCCCCCUUUCCCCAAUUUUGAUUACAUUUUUAAAAUUUUUUAUGAUCAGAACUGUCCCAUUGAGACUAAUUAACAUAUUUGGACAAUUUUAAUUUUUGUAGACACUGAAAAAUCAAAUGAAAUUUUUGUAAUCACAAAAGUUGUACCUGUAUUUAUUUAUAUACAUGAAAUUUUGUAAUAAUGUAUGUAUUCUCAGUACAUUGAUAACAUAAACGUCUGUAGGCAAAACAAGGAAACAGUUCAGUAAUUCACUAUUGAAAAUGAGGUAUGACAGUUUUUAUAUUAAAAAUACAUUAAUGAUAGUUAAUAGUAUGAAUCCUAUAUAAUGAAUUUUGAAUAAUUUUAUUACAGUUUAUGUCCAUGAGCUUCAGAUGCAAUACACACAAAUCACGCAACACUGGUUGCCAAUCUUUCUGGGUGCCCUCGAACACUUGACUUGUAUCCUCCAUGUCUGAAGUCUUUGCUAGUAGCAGUAAUUUAAUUCAGAAUGAUUCAGAUUGUAUCUUCAGGGUAAUUUCCACUUGGUAAUGAUUUGUGCAAACACUGCAAUUCUGCAGUGCCAGCAGUUCAGUACCAGACAUUCAUGCAUUUCUGCACCUUAAUGUGAAUUUAAAUUUACAGAAUUUCAAAUGAUUUUUAUAUAAUUUUUUUAGUGAAGAUUAAACAAUGAAGUUACUUGUCUCAAGUAGAAAAAUGAUGAUUAAAAAAGUGGCUGAAAUGAAUUUAUUUUAAUGCUAAUUGAGUUGUGUAUUUCUGAGUUUAAAUUAAACAGCAUGAAGCCAAAGAAAUAGCAAAGAUAAGCAUCAACAGUCAAAACUUCAUGCUAUCGCUAUGUAAACCAGAAUACCUUUUUAGGGCAGCUUUUCCCUUUCAUUUAGGUGGGAAAUGGAAAUAUAUAUAUGGGGAUAAUCAUGGUACAGUACAGUGUUUCAGAAGCUGAGUCUUCUUCUGUUGUCUGGUAUAGGAGGAGGGGAAGGAUUGUACUCAGUUGGGCACCACUGGCAACAGGAGAGGAUCUGGCUUCCAAAAUCAUUGUCUAUUUUAACCAUACCUAAUAUGAUCACCAGUAUCCAGCAUAGUAUUUACAAAUUACAUUUCAUUAUGGUGAACAAAGUGUUUUCAGAUUUAAGAAAUAUUUUAACUUGAGCUGUGUAAUGCAGGGGGCAGUAGUUCAUAUCACUUAUGCAUGUAGCAACCAGUGACAGAAACAUUGAAAUGACUUGUUUCAACGCAUGGAAGAAACACAUACACUUUGAUCUCAGAAGUUUAUCUUUGUUUUAUUUAUAUGAUUACUGUUCUGUCUUACCUAGUUUAUGUUUUUCAUGUUACUGGAUUCUGUUGCAAUACAAGUCACGAUGCAGUAUAGUCAUAACUUCUGUCUGAAUUUGGGUGCUUGGAGUAGUGCUGUUAGGCCUAUGAGAGUGACUGGUUUAAUCCAACAUUCUCAUUUAAAAGCAUGAUGAAGUUUUUAAAUUCUUUUUCACACAUUUGCUCUCAGUCCUGUCACUUGGGUUGAAUGUCACCAUGUGCCAGUGCUGAUCCUGGAAAGAGAGGUGCUCUUUUCAGUGUAUGUAGAAGUGAUAAUGUCCUGCAGAUGUCUCUGAUAUGCAAAGGAAAUUUAAAUGUAACAUGUUGGAGCAUGACACAAUUGAAAUAUCUGGUGAUAACUGAUAUUCACUUGUUCUAUUCCAUUUCUAUUUUGAAUGUAGUGGAUCAGAAUCCAGUUCUCUUAGGAAAAAUGACUAAUUUGGUACAUGAAGUCCCAGUACAGGGUGUGGCAUUGCAUAUGUGGACAUGAAUUUCUGUGAAAUGAUGAUGUUGAAGAUUGAACUCUGUAAGAUGUUGGUUAAAAUUAAGUAACCCAAAGUAUUGAGCAAGCAUUUGUGAAUUCCAUGGUAUGUUAGGUGCAACAAGUAAUUCUGCGAGAAGAUUGACAGCAAGUGUUUAAGUAGCGUCUGACACAGAAGUGUUAUUAGUUCAUGCUGUAGAAUCUUUGUAUCUGCUUCCAGAUUAGUUAUAUAUUUCAGUGUUUGCAUUGUAUUGAAAUUGCCAUAAAGUAAUUCUGUAUUUCUGUUGAUGUAUUUGAAUCUUGGUCAUAUUGAGGUGUGAAGAUGGAAUUAAUGAAGAUUAGUAUGUAAAAGAAUGAUGUAUUUUUAUAAUGGUAUAUGUACUCGGUUCUGUAACAGCUGUUAAUGUCUGCUGCAAUACGAGUCAUGUAGAGAGAACUGUAGUCAAAUGUUUAUGCUGAUACACAUACAUGUCAACAUGGUCACUAACUGGAUGGAA